GAUGUCCAGUAUAGAAACUGGUGGGGCAAGCAGUACUUAAACAGCCUGCCUGGAUUUGUGUCUACGUCUUCCAGUUCAUAACUUUUAACUUUGCUGAAUAUUUCGCAGACACUUCUUUUUUGGUCGAGCGGAGGAUAACAUUCAAGAAUGAUGAGGACAAUUCUCUUGAUCGCAGUGAUUGCAAGCACGACGGCGUUAGAUCUCCCCAGCAAUUUCAAGACUUGUAAGAAGUCGGACCCGAAAGUACUAGAAUGCAUUGCGGAUGCCGUUAAAGACGCAGUCGUCUCGUUGGCGAAAGGUCUGAAAAGCUUCAAAAUUCUGCCUAUUGACCCGCUAGUGGUUGACAGCCUGAAAAUCGGCGAGUCCCAGGGCUCGGUGUCACUCAAACAGGAAUAUCGGAAUGUCAAGAUAUAUGGACUGACGAAGGAUCUACAAGUUUACAAUUAUACAAUAGACUGGGACAAUUUAAUAUUUAGAUCGGAAUCUUUCAAUCCUCAAGUGGACUUUGUUGCCGAUUACAAACUUGACGGCAAAAUUCUGCUCCUACCAAUCCGAGGCGAAGGCAAAUGCAAUAUAUCUAUACAUGAUUUGAUAACAAAACACGAAAUACAUUACGAAAAGUUUCAAAAAGAUGGAGAGACUUAUAUGAGAUCGACGAAAUACAUGGUUAACUUCAUACCCAAACACGUAUCUCUACAUUUCGAUAAUCUCUUCAAUGGAGAUAACAUUUUAGGUGAACAAAUGCAUAGGUUCCUCAACGAGAAUUCCGAUUUAAUUUUCAAGGAACUUGAAGCACCUUAUGAAGAAACUUUCGGAUUGGUCUUCACUAAACUCACCAAUGAUAUUUUCAGCCGCGUGCCAAUGAAUAAGAUUUUUAAAUAGAAAAAGUAUUACUUUUUACUGUGACCUAUUACUUUUCUAUAGUAAAUAUAAUUUUGUAGUAUAAUUUUGUCAGAAAAUCGGGUAAAAGUAUACUAACGUGCCAAGAAUUGUAUAUAUAUGCGAUAUUUGACAUGAUGUUUAAAAUAAACAAUUAGUGAUAAUAGUAA